CAGAUUCUGAUAAGUAAUCGAUAUCCUGUCACUGAUAAGAUAUCCUCUUAUUUCUCUCUUUCCCAUACUCUUCUUGCCAAGAUCUUGGUUGAGUAAGCAUCCAAUCCCAUUAUGACGUCUAUCAUGUGUUUUUACCAGGCGACAGUCAAGGCUAAGUUGUAGAGUAUCUGCGAUAAUUAUGUGUCCUCUACAUAUAAAUUGCUGCAGUAUGUUUCGAAUGAUUGAUGCCUAGAUGCUCUAUCCACGAAUAUGAAAACACUUGUCUUCAAGAUACAGGGCUCGCACCCGAGACACGUGUACCAACUACGCAGUUGAAAGAGUCAGAACCCUCAAAGAAACCGUGUUCAGUUUAGGAGUCAGAAUAAAAGUCGUCAUUGUGCCCCAGCAAAAGACACUUGCCUGCAUCACGAGGGUCAAGUCUGCAUUCAGGUGAUCAGCUCUUUUGACUCGAGACAUAUUCCUCCAUUUGUAGCACCUACCUUCAGUGGGUCACUCACUAAGCCAUCACCGUCACGCGAAAGCAAAGUGCCCCGCCCCCGCUCGCGGGAGUUUCGGCGCCACUUCACCAUCUUAGGUCCAUUUUCAGCUCAGCUCAGCUUCAACCACUAAACGUCGCUACCUACGCCUACCUUAUCCUCAAACUUAUUCUAUUACACCUACAGGAAAUCUUUCCCUUCUCUCUUCCUUCAACCUCUCGGAGACAAUUACCCUCUUCUCCGUUGGUCAAACUCCCGCUCACAUUUAGCUUUAACUGCCGAGUCACGCACGAGGUCUCACCUCGGAUUGCAGUCAUGUUUGACCUUUUUCCUAUGCUCUUAUCGUAAGCUUCAGCCCUAUACCUCUUCGUCAUGAGGCGUCAUACUCGCAAUUGCGAUAACCACCCCGAUCGGUUCGCAAUGCCUGAUUUACUGACUGUUCACUUGUUCUCGAUAGUUCUGUCGCCUGUUAUCUGUUUCCUAUCUUUGCAUCUUACAAAGCGCUCAAGACACAUGAUCCCACCCAGCUGACGCCAUGGCUGAUGUACUGGGUCGUGCUCAGUUGCUGUCUUCUCGCUGAGUCUUGGGUUUGGUUUAUUGUGUCAUGGAUUCCGCUUUACGGUUAUUUCCGUUUACUAUUCCUCCUCUACCUUAUCCUCCCACAGACACAGGGCGCUCGACGCCUAUACGAAGAAUAUGUCCAUCCUUAUCUUGAAAAGAACGAGACGCAGAUUGACGACUUCAUCGCAAGCGCACAUGAGCGCUUGACUGCUGCCGGAAUAUCUUACCUCAAGCUCGCUAUCGAGCAGUUCAAGGUCAAGGUCCUUGGUCUUCCACCAUCCGAACCCGAGUCGCCUCCUCCCGAGCCUGCGCAAGGCUAUACACAAUCGCUUCUGUCACGAUUCAACGUCCCUGCUGCGCGAUGGGCUGGUAAUACCAGCAGCGGAACCGACUUUUACAGCCUACUCUCUAGCGCUGUGGCAGCUGCUACUAACGCAGGUGCAGGUGGACAAUCAACUGGUACGAGAACAGUUGGAGGUGAGCCCACAAACUCGGGCGCAUUGAUCCCACCACAUCUUCGCGAGUCUGGCGCUAGAAUGGACUUCAUCUCGGCUCAGCGCGAUCGCCUGAAUGUCCUGAUUUCGGCACUUGAUCGUGAGGCCCAGGAUCUUCGUACCGAAGCUCAGCGUGCCCAGACAAGCACAGGAUCUCGCCGCGAUCCAAUGGCCUAUGGAGGUUAUGAUAAUAAUGAGGAGGACGAACCCACCCAGCGACCACCUAGUGGUCUAAGCGGAUGGAGUGGUAUUAGCAAGAGUCGCAGUGAGACCGAUUUCGAAAGGAUCGACGCAGAGACUAGUUCGGACGAAGACCAUCGCCAGGUGCGCCGAAGAAACCAGGGAGCUGGCACUAGAAAUGCAUCAGGCUCAUGGGUUCCUUGGGGAUGGGGCGGUGAUACCGCAUCAGGUGGCGGAGCGAGCGCCUCCGGAAGGGAAAGAUAGAAACUCCAUUCUGGGAGGUGGGUUUUGAGUGAUCAUGGGCCCGUUGAUAUUCGGCGCGAUAAGUGCUCCAGUGCAUAUCUAUAAAUGAGAAUUGGUGUACAUGUACUCGUUCUUCUUUUAAGACAGCCGUAGAUCUUGGUCUGAUGAUUCGUGAUCCAUUCGUUUUCCUCUGAAUUACUACAGUAUCGCUCCAUGCGCCAAAGCCAUACGUCUAACCCAUCCAUAUCAUACAGUAGGGGAUUCACCCCAAGAUUCUAUACAAAUGUAGUACAAGGAAGACAUGAGAUGUCUAACAGAACUUGUAAGGGUAUGUUGCCUCAGCGAG